UUUCGAUCGUGUUUGCUGCGUCGAGCUAUCGAGUGACCUGUGAAAAAAGGUUGUGCCACUGAAGGUAGCCAUCUUUAAAUAAAAAAGUUGUGAGGACCAUUUACACGUAUCAUCAUGGCAGCACUACCAAGACCUCAGAUGAGAGGCUUACUAAACUCCCAUCUUAAGAAACAUUUCGUCAUUGGAGCAGCCCUAUCAGUCGUUGGUGCUGCAAUGGUCAAAUACUUUGUGUAUGACUGGAGGAAGAACAAAUACGCCGAGUUCUACAAGACGUUCGACGUGCAGAAGGAUUUUGAGAGAAUGAGAGAGCUAGGAGUGUUCCACUCUGUCCGUCCACUCAGCGAGGCAGCCGAUGAAUAGACUUCUCUAGAAAUUAAUAGGUUUUCUUCAUUUAUGUUUGGUUUGGUUUUGAAAGAAGAGAAGCAGGCAUUGUGAUAGUUUACAAGGACCGAGAGCGUUGGCCGUGUUUAUAUCGAGUCUCCACCAGGGAUGGAUUGAUUUGAAACAUAAUUGAAAACAGCAACGACGUCAUAAACAUGUUUAAAGGGUUCUAUGCAAUGUUGAUAAAUAAGUAACAUUCGGGGGAUUGGCAUGGCGAAAUGCAAUUCCAGGUUAACCCAUGCCCAGCUAUCGGAUUGACCAUGUCACAUGGUAGAAAUGACAGUAUUCCAAGAAAGUACAACUUGUCAGUCAGAAAUUAAAGAAAUUUAUUCAUUUAUUUCAAAGCUUCACAAAUCAAUUAUACAAAACAAAAUUAACAAACCAAUGUGUUACAAAUCUAUUAAGGGUUGACGUAUUAAACAACAAAACACUUGAUUAAAUCAGGGUUGAAAUCCAACAAAACAUUGAAUGCUUACAUUACAUGUAUUUUGAACAUCUGACUUUUUGAUUCAGGUUCAUUAUUGUGAAAGUAUUUAAGCUAAGGCAAAAUCUGUUUGAAGCCCUGAAAAUUUGCUGUGUUUGGACCAUAAAUUCAUUUUCAAGUUUAUUGACGUCAUCAAAUCUUGUAAUGACCAUUAUAAUACAUAUGGUUUUCAGUUGCAUGUUACAUAAUUUAUGUUUGAAAAAGAAUGUUUGAAUAAAUUAGAUUUUAAAAACAGAAA